AUGGCGCUGCCAUACCCCACCCUUGCUCUUAUUUUCCUCGCCAUCGUCGCCACGGCCCUCGGUAGGGCUACCUUCGCCGAGGCCAAUGGGGAAGUAAGCAAGAAACAGGAAGCCAAUGCCAAUGCCACCGCUCCUGUAAAUCCAGCUCCGACAAGUCAUCCUGUUGAGGCUUCCCGGAAUCAAUCGGCCAAUGGCGAUCAUGUCGGUGCUCCGGCGGGCUCUGUUGUCAAGGGCCACCAUCCGCCGGGCAAAGGCCAUCACAAGAAGGGCGGCCAUCGCAAGAAGGGCGGCCACCGCAAGAAGGGAGGCCACCACAAGAAGGGCGGCCAUCACAAGCGCCAUCCUGCCGUUGGCCCUGCAAGUCCGGUGGCCGAGGCUCAACCUUCCACCGUUCCUACAAGUCCACCGAUCGUGCCUCAACCUGCCACCGCCCCUGCGAGUCCACCGAUCGUGCCUCCACCUGCCCGAGCCCCUGCAGCAGCUCCUUCGAUUGCAACUCCUCCGGCGGGUGGUCGCGUUCGGAUACGGCCGGAGGUGAAGAAACUAUUGCCUAGCCUCCCACCAAGCGCCGAGCCUCAAGAGAUUAAGGAGCUCAUAAGCAAGGCCACUGGAGUGGACCCAUCUAAAAUCCCAGAAAUCAGUGAUACUAAAAAGAUUGAGGAAAUCAUAGCCAAGGCUAUCGGAGGGAACGCCCUCCCACCAAAUGCUGAUCCUAAACAGAUCGAGUAUAUCGUAAUGCAGGCCACUGGAAUUAAGCCAUCUGAUGCUUUGGCUGCCCUUAAAGAGUCCGGUGGUCUCGAAACAAUGCUAGCAGUUGCUGCACGUUCACCGGGCAGUAAUGCUGGAGCAGCAGGAACCACUUCCUCGACCAAAGAGGAAAGUGGUGCCUACACCAUCGGAGCAACCUCCAUGGCAACCGCCUUGGUGGCUUUAGUGGCUGCUGGGUGCUUCAUCUUAUGA